CUGCCUGUCCGUGCACGCAUGCGCGGAUUCAGCCGUGGCUGAGCGGAGGGUUGAGCUUUGAUCAAAGCGUCCGGAGCGAAUGGAUAAUGGCGACUGGAGCCAGGCGAUGGCUGAUCCGGUCACCCUUAACGUCGGAGGACACUUAUAUUCAACAUCAAUAUCCACACUAACCAGAUACCCAGACUCCAUGUUAGGAGUCAUGUUUAGGGGUGAUUUCCCCACUGCCAAAGACUCUCAAGGAAAUUACUUCAUUGACAGAGAUGGACCUCUCUUCAGAUACAUCUUGAAUUUUUUAAGGACUGCAGCUUUGACGCUACCUCAUGGCUUCAAAGAAAUUGACCUCCUGAGAAAAGAGGCAGAUUUUUAUCAGAUAGAGCCUUUGAUUCACUGUCUGAAUGAUCCCAAGCCCCUUUAUCCAUUAGAUACCUUUGAGGAGGUGGUGGAACUGUCUAGCACCCGCAAACUUUCCAAAUAUUCAAAUCCAGUAGCUGUUAUAAUCACACAGCUGACUAUCACUACUAAAGUUCACUCACUGCUGGAGGGUAUUUCAAACUAUUUCACAAAAUGGAACAAACACAUGAUGGAUACCAGAGACUUCCAGGUGUCCUUCACAUUUGGACCUUGUGAUUAUCAUCAGGAGGUGUCUCUUCGUGUUCAUCUGAUGGAUUUCACAUUUGCUUUCUUUCUUUUAUUAGAACAUGUCAUUAAUGGUGAUACUGUCUUUGGUCGAGAAAAUGAGUAUUUCUUGACACCAAUUGAGCAGUAUGAGUUAGCUGUGAAAAGAGCAGUAUGCCUGUGGCAGAAAAUGAAGGAAUUGGGAUGGAUGGAUGAUGGACCUGAGAUGCAGUUUGCUUAUAGAAUCAUGGGAGGAAAUUUGGCUUUUCUAGUCCACAACGGAGUCUUUAUACCAACCAUCACAGAACUGGGAACAGAUGCACAAAUUGCCAAGUGGGUUCCACUGGCUAAGGAUUAUCAAAUUAUUGGAACCUAUGCUCAAACCGAACUAGGCCAUGGCACCUAUCUUCGAGGACUAGAAACAACUGCAACCUUUGAUCCUUCCAACCAGGAUUUCAUCCUCAACACACCAAAACCAUCAUCAAUAAAGUGGUGGCCUGGUGACUUGGGUAGGUCGGCAAAUCACGCUGUGGUUUUGGCGCAGCUGUAUACCCAGGAGAAAUGCCACGGGAUGCAUGCUUUCAUUGUUCAGAUUCGCAAUCUGCUGGACCAUUCUGCUUUGCCAGGUGUCAAGAUUGGAGAUAUCGGUCCAAAGAUGGCCUUUGAACAUGUUGACAAUGGAUAUUUAAUGUUGCAAAAUGUUCGUAUUCCCAAGGAGAAUAUGCUGAACAGACAUUGUGAGGUUACUUCAGAUGGCCGCUACAUUAAGAAAUCAUUCGACAGAAUCAAUUACAUUGCUAUGGUAUUAACUCGAGUGAAGAUAAUAGCUUCAGAAAUGGUGAUUCCUCUUUCCAAAGCCUGUGUUAUUGCUCUUCGAUAUUCUGUGGUGAGACGCCAAUCAGAGUUAAAGCCUGGUGAAAUGGAAGCAAAAAUUCUAGAUUAUCAGACCCAGCAACAGAAGCUUCUUCCCCAGCUGGCAACAACAUUUGCCUUUCAUUUCAUGUCCUCAUCAUUGGAUGCCUUCUGCAACCAAGUGAAAGUACAGAUCAAAAGCAAGGGAGAUGCCUCAUCAUUGCCUGAGCUCCAUGCCUUGUCAGCAGGUCUGAAAGCUUUGAUAUCAGAUGCCUGCAGUGCUGGAGUCGAAGUGUGUCGCAGAGCUUGUGGUGGCCAUGGUUACUCAAAACUGAGUGGUUUACCCUCUCUUUACACUCGGGUGGUAGCCUCCUGUACAUAUGAAGGGGAAAACACUGUAUUGCAAUUGCAGACUGCACGGUUUCUAAUCAAGUGCCUUAACAAAAUAGAUUGUGGUGAGCCUCUGCCCCAGUCUGUCUCUUACCUGUAUGAACCGGUAACUUCUCAUUGUUCUGCAAAGGAAAAAAAUGAUUUCCUCAAACCAUUCAUUUAUAUAGAGUCCUACAAGCACAGGGCACACAGACUGAUUAAGGAUGCUGGGAUCAAGUUGCAGUCUCUGCUUCAGUCUGGGGUUGAGCGACAUGUUGCCUGGAAUAGCACUUCUGUACAGCUUGCAAGGGCUGCUGUUGCUCAUUGCCAUUACAUAGUUGUGAAGAACUUUGUUGAGACACUGGAAAAAUUAAAGUUUGAGCCUGAAAUCCAGCAAGUGGUCAAAAUGUUGUGUGAUCUUUACGCAUUGACUGGCAUACUAGACACCGCUGGGGAUUUCUUAUAUGAUGGCUAUCUGACUGGAAAGCAACUAGACUUGAUGACUACCUCUCAACAGCGUCUUCUAUCCCUUGUCCGGAAAAAGGCUGUCUCCAUAGCUGAUGCAUUUGAUUAUCCUGACAAACAGCUGAAUUCUGCAAUUGGUAAUUAUGAUGGCUAUGUUUACCAACGCCUCUUUGAAUGGGUUCAGAAAGCCCCCACAAAUGCAAAGGUACCCUGAGUUUCAUUCAUUUGAAUAACAAAUUGUACGUGCAGCCCAUCCAGUGGUGUUGCCUGGAAGAUUUUUUUUGUGCACGCAUGUCUUAUGUCACAACUCUCAGGGAUAAUGUACUGAAAAUCAGCCCCACUAUUCCUAGGAUUGUCAGAAAAGUUAAAGUUCUUUAAACAUACACAAUGAUUCCCUCAAUUUACCGGUCUUCUAGACCCAGUUUUCUAUACUUAGCAAGAAUGACUAGUUAUUACAAGUAAUUGGAAUCUAACUGCAGGUAAAUAGUUAUAAACAGCAUGGCCUUCUGAGAUCUGUUUGAGGCAACCACCAAGGUUAGAGGGGGUGUUAUUUACUAACUAUUGCCAUAUAACACUAGUAAUUGAAACUAUAAUCCCUUUAUAAACUCCCUUUUGAUAUGUGCGCAUACACACACGCAUUAGUCUUUUGUUCCCAAGUUAAGUUGGUCCUUUUCAGAAGGUUUUUUCUGUCUUCUGUUUCCAAAUGCUUCCAUUGGUUUUCAAGAGGCAGAGAGUGGCUGGUUCACUUCAUGUUUCUUGACUUAUCAAUUAAAAGUCACAACUUACAGCAACUGCAGAGGGAAAGAUUAACUAGUUUUCUUCAAAGUAAAGUGGGUUUUGACAGUAGAGAACAGAGGAAAAACCUGAGCUGGUGGAGAUCUGAUCACUUCUCUGGAUUUGAAUUCAAACCCCAUGCUGAUCAGUUCCCUGAGAAACAUUCACACAGGCAAAAGACAUUGUGGUCACUAGACCAUAGACCUAUUAACUACUUGUCACCAAGCAAAGCUCCAUCUGAGUACGACAAUGCAUGGCAUUAGUGUUCGAUUACUUGCUUUUCAAAAUAGGCUGCAAUCCUUGCAAAAUAUUGGCUUUAAAACAGUUCUUUCUCAUUUCAACCCACAAUUACAAAAACGCUAAAAGGUUAGUCUUUACGCUUUGUUAGAACACACCCACAGCUUUUCUUGUCAAUAUGUCCCCACACUACUGGCCUAACUGACGACAUCCAAAUCCCAUAAAGGAUAAUAAAACAAAAAUUGUCCUUUAAUUCUCUGGGUUCAUUAUUGUUGGAGUUAUAACAAUACCAGUCAAAGACUGUGAGCUAUAAAACACUAAUGUUAUUAUAAACUAUUCAGUUAUAAGCACAUUUCCUUACACUAACUUCUUUCCAUGCUACUUUCUUUUUUAAUCAUGAACUCAGAGUCCAUGUCACUUCCUCUUUUGACAUCACAGACUAUUACGGUUAAUCCUUUUAUAGGUCUUAAUCCGAUAUAUCAGCAGGCCUGAGUUGCAAACAAAUUCCGUUUUUGACUUUUUGCAAGUAUAAAAAAGCCAUUCAUAAGUAUAGGAAAUGUUUGUUUGUCUGAUCUUUACAAUUAUACUGUAUAUGGGAUCCCAUUUGUAAGCCUAGCCAUUCAUAAAUUGGGGACCCCCACAAGCUAUUAUACUACAGAUUCUGCAUCUAUAAAAUUGAAAGUAUAGUUGAUGCAUUUACUGGAAGAGGGAACUUUCUUUGUUGUAAAUAGUAAAUGACAUUUGGGGUUGUUUACUAAAAUAUUCAUGCAAAGAUAUGAAAUCAAAAAUCAACAUUUACCUUAAGUUAUAGAGUACAACAGUUAACUCAAUUUCUAUCUUAAAAUUUACAUUGUCUUGUCGCAGCAGUGCUAUUUGCUUUGUUUCCUAGAUAUGACAUUAGGGUACAUAUUUCUUGCAUUUUUGGUACCCUAUACACAUCUAAACAUCUAAUCUGUUCUAUGGACUCAAUAAUAACCUAUUGAAAUAAUGGAGUAUUGUAAGGUGGAUUGAUAAGUUGAAAU